AUGAACAGUACCCAGGGCGCGGUGGCCUCCACCACCAACUCUGCCGUUCUCCCUAAAGAGGCAGAUGUGGACCAAACUGCCAUUGUCGCCGAGGGAGACCGUGUCAAGGUUUUUGACCGAGGGGUGGAGCCCGACGGUGAUGCCGGCAUCGAAGGGCCAAGCGCAGGAGGGGGCCGGGCCGCUGUGAAGCGGGAGUCGGAGGACCAGGCGAUGGAGGACGCCGAUGGGGCGUCGAGCUCUUCCGUGCCACCGGCCACAGUGUUCCGGAUCCGACUCAAGCAACCUCCGUCUAAUAUUCGGCACAAGAUGAGCGUUCCCGAGCUCUGUCGAAACUUUAGGUGCCCCAUUUUCCAGCCGAUUUCCUCUAUGUUCCAUGUAUACUGCUCCGUGCUCUGUCUGUUCCGAAGGUCACUUGGGUUAUUUGAUUAUACUUCGAUAUAGAUGCGAAGGGGUUUACUACCGUGGUCAUAUACUGGCGGGGACUGGGUGAUUAACUCUUGAUCACUGUUCCUUCUCGCACUAAAAUCGUUCGAACUUUUGUUUAUUACGCCGCACCCGUACGUCGAUCAAUUUUAGGGGUAGACAACCGGUUUGUGACUUUUACAUUCUAAAGUUCUUUCCUUGGAGCGCUUAUUCCGUUCAGUGGUGCUAUCUCGAAUUCCAAUCCCGACGUGGAGUGUAAUAUUCUCACUGAAAAUUUAUGCCUCCCAAUAUUCAUUUAAUUUUUUUUAGCACGUCAUGGUAUUUCUUAUAGUUCCUCAAAAUAUUCCAUAGCAUCGUGGAUAAUUGUCUGUCCACACAUCCUUGUCAUUUUAGACAUUUGGAUUUAAAAAGGGUUGCAGACAGCUGGUGUACGUGUAUACCAAGAUGAUUUUUUUUAUUAUUUUGAAGUUAGACGUAGGAGAAGAUGCCGAUAGUAAUGUAUUAAACUAUUCCCCUUAAUUGAGAGUUUUAUUUCACUUUUGGCUAGUGAAUUGGCCAAUUAUGUGUAAAACCCAAUUCAGUUUAGUUCUAGAAGAAUCUCAUGUUUCCGAAACACAAGGGUAAGGGGUAGAGAGGUGUUCUUUUUUGCCACAAUGUUUCUCUGAAACCCACUAGGGAAUAUCAUCAGAUUUUCGGUUGCUCCGUCCAAGCUAGCCUGUAGCCAGGAUGGCGUGGAUGGUGGGUAUGAGUGUUGUCUGUGCGUAGUGGGAUGUUAUCAGGGUGAUGGGAUUGGAUUAGACCUGGAAAAUGCUAUUACUAUGCGUGUGUGCAUACUUGUUACGGGUGUGCUGCAGGUUCGGGGCUGUGUAGAGCGCUAAAGUGUGCCAAGCAUUCCAUAGGAUGCUUUUGGGCUAAAGGACCCGAGCAUGCGAGUGAUGCUUUCAGUCUAUCUGCAGACCAGUUUUCGUUGAUCCUGGACUUACCCAGCCAAAUAGCACCUCUGACUGUGCGAAUAAAAUAAAAACGUUGUUUAUGGGGCGUUCUGUGUGUCAUGGAUCCAUUGCUGCAGUGAUGGUCAUCUGUGCGGUUGAAUUCAUACCUGAUUUCUUCUGUUGUUUCAUCAAUAUUUUCAUCAAUAUUUUCCUUCAAUUUUGGUCUCCUUUCUCCAUGACCAUUUCUAUUUAUCAUAUCAAGGUAAAUCCAUAAGAAAUGUCAUGUUUUUUUCAGUGCAGUUGCCUGGUGCGGAUCACUGAACGUUAUUGCUUGCGCUUCUGAGACAUGUGCGAGAAUACCAAGGUUUCUGUUUUGACAUGUCUCUCGUCGUUAUUCAAAUUGAUUCCUUGUAGAUAUCAUAAUAAGUUUGAGAGACAAGUACAACUUCGCACAAUUGAGAAGUGUCUCAUUGUUCAAAUCGAUUGUUUCAUUGGCUUGAUACUAAAAUAGAUCACUUUUGCCCAUGUUUCUUUUACCUCAUAAAUGGCUUACGGGACAAUGGAAAACAAACACAUGGGCAUGAGAAGUCUUCAUUAUGUCACUAUUAUGCAUUGACCGACAGAAUUAAAAUAAUAUUCGAUAUGUGGGAAACUUCAAGGAAAGUAUUUUCAAUUUAGCAGAAUACCCUUAAGUAGAUAGCCUUUUCUGCACCAGGCAAGGUAUCAGGUCCUGCUACAGUGCUUAAGACGAACUGGAUAGUAUUUAUUUUCCAUAAUGCCUGCCUCACAACUUGGAAAUUGCGUCUUUACCAGCACCGAGAAGAACAAAAAGUCUAAUGUUUGACUUAAUGUAGUGACAUUCAUUUUGCAGUCUGGAUGGUAAGAUGUUUGGUAUUUUGGAGAAAUUUACAUGCCAAUUUGGUAUGGGAUUUCCGAACAGAAUCAAGUGAUAGGAGGUGAUGAAUGUGGUUGAUGGAGAUGGGCCUGCAUUAUUGAUUCAGAAGAGUGGAGAAGAGUCCGCGUUGAUAUUUCUGUUGUUGAUUCCAUUUCUUAAUACGUCAACUUCAUUACGAGCAAAGGAGCUCCCAUCUAUGUGGAUUGGUAUGAGGGAAGAUGCUGUGUUGCUUGAAUUGGACGAAAUAUGUUGAGGUAGAAUGCACGAGUUUUUGUUUAGCAUUGAUGUUCGAAGUUUAUGCUCUACCAGGCCGUUAAACUAGGUGAACUUUUGAAGCGUUGAUCUUAGAUUAUUUUCUUUCUCAUGACAUGACAUAGAAAACUUGAAAUUUUAAUUUAGUUUAAUGGUCAUAUUAGGAUUCUAAAGAAUGCCCAGCACAAACGAAGAUAGAGGUUUGAGUGAAGCAUACAUAUGGAGCUUUAUCACGAAGUAAAUGUCAGAAAUGUUACAUAUAGAGGUUUAUAAGUGACUUGGACGAUAAACUCUAUGAUACCGGAUUAGCAGUGAUAAUGGUGGUAUUUGCCGAUAGAAGCAGAGCGACAAAUUUCUCCAAAGACCAAUUCACUGGAUCCGCAUGAAGUUUAAAUGCAACGGGGAGUGAUUUUUGGAUAAAUCUAUUCUUUGUAACUAUGCGAACGUAAGUUGUUUCAAGUUCUGAUGGUAAUGGGAGCUGUGAUUUUGGCUUGCAUUGCUACAUGGGAAUUCUACUUAUUAAAUGGGAGACUGGGCGCUCAAGGAAGAGGUCUCUAUUGAUCGGGCAUGUUGACGAGGCUGAUGAGAUUUUCAUAUUGUGCGUUGAAGCAUUGAUUUAAAGACGUUUCAAUAGUCUUGAUAAUAGUGCUAAGCGUUUCACACGUGUGGAUGGUGUCAAUCCGGUGGAUAAAGAACAGCAAAAGUAACUUAGGGCUCUUUGAUCCUUCUGAGAAAUGUGCUGAUCCAGUUCGUGACCGAGGUUAUGUUUUUCCGUAGGGUUUAGCAAGUAGAUUGUAGUUUGAAACCAGGCUAAUAGGAGGAAAAUUUGUUCUUAGGUUUCAUCCUUUCCUUAGAUCUUUCUUCGAUGGACCCUUUUUUUCAGGAUGCAGUACUACUGUGAUCUUUGUUUCGGUAGCAUGUGUGUAAUAUUUCUUUCAAGUACAAAACAAUCUUACCUUUGACUUUUUGUUUGAGUGGCAUAGCUUUUUUCUGAGGGUGUGAGGUAUUAUUUCAUUUGUGCGGUUUGAGUGGUGCUCUCGUCAAGGGAAAAUUUCAACGGAUACUUGAUCCCAAAAGAGAAAGUAAAUUAUGUCUGAAAUGAGUUAUUCCAAUACUUAAUAAGCUGUUUGAUAAAAAACAAUGCAUAUUAAUAUGAGUAAAAAAAAUCUGCCCUUACACUUUAAAUGGAAAAUAGUUCUAUAAAAUUUCUGAUAUUGACAGCAAUGGAAGAAUCUCCCGGAGAAGUUAUAUUUACCUACUUGUGAAGCAGCUGUUUUAAGAAGAUUUUUUGCGAUUGUACUGUUUUUUUAUGUUCUUGAAGAAUUAUACUUAUUUUUACGUUAUCUUUUAUACUUUUCAGUUCUAACGCAAAUCCUCCAUUCUGGAUUCCUAUACACAUUGUGAAUCCGGAGAGGCCCACAGAAUCUGCUGUGUUCAAUGUUGUUGCCGGUAGGAAUUCUAAUUCCAUUAUCUCAAGUUUCUUAGACACUUGAUGUUGUUCCUUCAACAGUGUUGAUUUGAACUGCCUGCUUCACACUAAUGCAAGGGUGAAGGUGCAGGGAGAGUAGAUAAACCACAAAUCUCUGUACUUGUGUUGGAUUGGUAGUUGAAAACUACCCCUCUAAGUCGCCCACCUCACGCGGACAAAAUAGGCUGAGCUUUUUGGGCUGGUGAGGAGGGUUUCAGAAUGGGAAACAUGCAAGUUUGCAUACAGCAUAAGUAGCCUGCGCAGUUUCUACUUCAAAUCUUUUUUACUCUUUUCUUCCCCUUCCAUAAAAUUCGUGCUAUCAUUGUUAUCUUCAAGGCAUAUCAAUGAAUGAGGUAAAAGUACAGCUAGCUAUAAUUCGCUAGAUAUUCCUGCAUUAUGCUGAACAUUGUCUAUUAGGAAAGGAUAGGCUUCCAUGGACUGACCUAUUUCCAAGAGGUUAUCAAAAUCUUUUACAAGAGUUAUUUUUCGCGUGUUUACUUUGUGUUGUAUAAAUUUCUCGGUUGUUGCAUUUAAAUUUUGCUUUGUUAUACUCUUAUCAGAUUCUCCGCGUGAUUCUGUGCAAUUCAUUGAAUGGUCCCCCAAGUCCUGCCCUCGUGCUCUUCUGAUUGCCAACAUUCACGGGAGGAUAACUAUAUGGACCCAGCCUUCUCAAGUGAGCAUGUCAAACGAAGAAUCUUUUCUUGUGUAUCAUUUUUUAUGUCAGUUGGUUUCAGUGAAUACUUGGGUAGAAUGGUAAAGCAGUUGCGCUUAACACCUGAGGUUGAAUUGGUUUUUAUGGGUCCUCUAAAUCGGGGUACUUUUUAUGAGAUCAUUUUUUUCUGUUGUUUUGCAUUUGUCUCCUUUCUUUCAGGUUGAAUUCAUGAGAGCUAAUUCUUAUCUACUCCUAUGACUGUUUUUAGGGUCCUGUUAACCUUGUACGUGAUGCCAACUGCUGGCAACGUGAAUAUGACUGGCAACAAGAUCUGGCUGUUGUCACGAAAUGGUUGUCAGGAAUGCCACCGGUAAUCCUCAUCUAUUUGAAUAUGUAGCUGUGCCACUCUUGGUUUGUACUUCGAGGUGCAUGUUCUGCAACUCGUUUUGCCUAUACAUGCAAUGAUACUAGAUAACAGUUGGUGUUGCUAAAAAAUGUGAUACUUAUUGGGUCAUUACAUAUUUAAGGGCCGAGUACUGUGCAUUUGUGCUUGUAUUGUUCAAGGUAACGCUUUGAGUUGUUCUUGUAGCAUGUGUUGCAGAAAAAAUAUCUAUGAUAAUGUCUGUUUGAAUCCUUCCCUGGCGCUGGAAACAGGCAAUUUCAUGUCUGUAGUUGUUCCUCAGGUUCCCUUCAGCACUGAAAAAUUGACUGAUGUAAUCAUUUGCGAAGUGAUGUUAUCGGCACAUAUUUAAUGUGUAAAAAAAUUCGUUUAAAAAAAGGCAUGUGGAGUCAUAUUGAUGUAAGCCCCAACCCGCAGUAGUCAGUCAGUUAACACUCCUUAAGAAGUAUACACUUGAGAGGUGCUCCACCAUGUCCACAGGGCAUAGCCAUCUGCUAACGUGGGUUUCUUUCAAAUUUUUUGACCAUAUAGUUUAUAUCAUGUCAUGACCUUCUUAUCCCGCGGCAAGAGCUUUUCUGCCACUUCUUUUGUAUUUUGGUUCUUAGAUUGAUGAGUUGAAUUCUGCUUGAAUUCAACAAGUGCCCUGUGAAAGUAGGGUGACACACGGUUAGUAGCAAGGACCUGUUUACUGAUACAAUUUUGUUUUGGCAUGAGGGAUAUUAUAGAUUUGGUGCAAACGUGAUGCCUUCAUCCAAGAGUCCAAUCAUGUGACCCAUACUUUAUAACAUGAUUGUGCAUCUUCUUCUCUAGCACAUUUCUUAUCGUUAUUGCCUGAUGCUUUGAGACCUGCUUAAAUGUAAAAACUUUUUCGCAGUUGUCUCCUCUGUACACUUCUUAUGACUAUUUUUUGAUGUCAAAUUUUGUUCCUCUUUUUGGAGAACGUCUCCAACUCAAUAAUAAGCCCAUGCCUGCUGAUGCAUAUUCUGAUAUUUAUGUACUCUCUCCAGCUUCACUGCAUAUUCUGAUAUUCUGAUAUUUUAUCUCUUGCACUUUCUGCAUAAUAAACGAGUUAUUGCCUAUUAAUCUUCUUGUUUCAUUUGAAUAAUACUCUCGAAAUACUGUUCCGACCAGUAUCGAUGGCUUCCUUCAAAUUCUAGUGGCCUUGUAAAUCAGAAGUCAACAUUUGAAGAAAAGUUCCUCUCGCAGCAGCCUCAAAGUUCAGGUCUAGAAGAUCCCGCUUUCUUCUUGUCUAGCUAUAUUAAAGUGAUUGUCAUAGAUCUGGUUUAUGUACUCUGUCAUGAUUAUGCUUCUGAAAAUUUCUGUUUCAGCAAGGUGGCCAAAUUUUCUUUGCGUAUGCUCAGUAUUCUCCUCCGGCUCUCUCCAGCUUCACUGGUCUCAGUGGCCUCCUUCUCAGAGUGGAAUUCCCUCGAAAUGGUUUGCAACUAGCAAAGGGUUACUGGGAGCUGGUCCAAGUGGUAUCAUGGCUGCUGAUGCCAUAAUCACUGAUUCUGGCGCCAUGCAUGUAGCUGGCGUUCCCCUUGUUAACCCAUCUACUGUGGUUGUUUGGGAAGUGACACCUGGUCCUGGUAAUGAUUUUCAGUCAACAGCAAAGAUAACCACCGGCGUUGGUGUUCCAUCUUCUUUAAGUUCUUCCUGGGCAGGUUUUGCUCCAUUAGCAUCCUACCUCUUGGGUAAGCAGGAAUAUUUACUUUCCGAAGUAAAGCAAGGGAAGAAGCCAACGGAUCAAGACUUCAGUGAGUCUGUUUCUCUUCAGUGUUCUCCAGUUUCAAAUUUUUCUGCAUAUGUUAGCCCAGAGGCUGCUGCACAGUCGGCUACCACCACUACAUGGGGUUCUGGCGUUACUGCUGUUGCUUUCGACCCAACACGAGGCGGAUCAGUAAUUUCUGUUGUGAUAGUCGAAGGUACCAUUCAUGUAAUAUCGAAUUCGUUGAUGUAUGGAGCUCGUCUAUAUCUCUGUUUGAUCUAUGUAGAAGUAGACAUCUAAUCCUUUAUCUGUGAUUAGCGUUUAAAAUUGCUUAAUUAUUUUUUCUUCUGUCGUUGUGGAAUGGUUUGUUGAGACAACUUACCCACGGGUUUUAAUAAUCUCUAGAAUUUCAUGCCUUUUGAUUUCUCCAGUUAUCUCUCGAUUAACUUGAGAAUUUUGACGGUCAAAUUCGUGCUUAAAUUUUUAAAAACUCGGACCUUGAAAUAUGCACUUCUCUUAUAACAUUUUAUUUUAGAUACGUUUAGAAAAUUUCCGCCUCAUUUUUCUAGCUGAAAUUCAUAUCCCGCUGAUGGUUCCAUGAUUCGUUACAUAGGUUUGUGUCUUGUGUAGGUCAGUAUAUGUCUCCUUAUGACCCGGAUGAGGGACCAUCAAUAACUGGAUGGAGAGUACAAUGUUGGGAAUCUUCCCUUCAAUCUGUUGCCCUCCAUCACAUUUUUGGAAAUCCAGCUUCUAGUUUUGGUGGACAGCCUCCUAUGCAGACGGUUUGGCUCACAAGAGUUGAUAAGAGCUUUCCACCAACAGAUGAUUUUAAAGGCUCCCAAGCAAAUUGUAAUGUGCCAAAUAUAUCUGAUGAACGAACAUCAUCCGAUUCCAGUAUUGAAAAGACAAAUAGGUUUAGUUUUGAUCCAUAUGAGCUGCCAAGUGACAUUAGGAUGCUGGCUCAAAUUGUGUAUUCUGCUCAUGGUGGUGAAGUUGCUGUUGCUUUUCUUAGGGGUGGUGUCCACAUAUUUUCUGGUUCAUGCUUCACUCCUCUUGAUAACUAUCAGAUAAAUGUUGGGUCAACAAUUGCUGCUCCUGCCUUUUCAUCUACAAGCUGCUGUCUGGCUUCAGUUUGGCAUGAUACCCACAAGGACUGUACUACAUUGAAGAUAGUUCGUGUUCUUCCCCCUGCUAUACCUAACACACCGGUGAAAGCAAAUUCAGCAACCUGGGAACGUGCUAUUGUGGAUAGGUAUCUGAAAAUCAGAUUCCUGAUUCGGUUAUUAUUCUAUAUAGUUUGAUGCUCUAAGUGUCAUAUGGUUGUUUGUUGCCUUUCAUUUAGGUUCUGGUGGAGUCUUUUAGUGGGAGUUGAUUGGUGGGAUGCAGUUGGCUGCACGCAUAGUGCUGCAGAGGAUGGCAUUGGUAAGUGACUUGGUUUUUCUGCGGUUUGAACUAGUAUGCUGCCAUGUCUCUAAGAGUGGUAAUUCUGUGCUGCCCUUAGUCAUGGCAUUCCAUUCACUUGAUAGCAAAAUUUUGCAACCUGGUCUGAUUUAUAUGAGUCAUUGCACCUUUUACUGCCACGGUUACUGUAGAGUGUGUUUCCGUAGCCCCUGUUGUCCUUGCUUUCUUUUGCUUCCAUUUUUUCCUUUCUCAUUCCUUCCCACCUGUAUCUGAUGCAUUGUCUUAUUUUCUUCAAAAUCUGAAAUAAGACUGUACUGACUUUACCUUUAUACGUUUUUCUGGUUUUAGAUUUGGUCACUUACCGAAAUAAUAUUUACCCUUUCAGUAUCGUUGAACAGUGUGAUUGCAGUACUGGAUGCUGACUUCCAUUCGCUUCCAUCCAUUCAGCAUAGGCAGCAAUAUGGACCUGUAUGUCAUCUCAAAUUUUCCACUUUUGUUAUGAUUCAGCCUUUUAUUCUAGGAUGUAUUACUCUGCAAGAUGUAUUUUUGUAUUUCCUGUGGUGAAUGCACACUUCGAAGAACUCUGUAGAAGGGGUCCAUUGGGAAAGCUUUGUCAUGCUGUGGACUGCAUUACUGGUUGGUUGGACUAAAAGAUGAAUUUCCCUGCUGUGUUGUGGAAGGACAAAAAACUCAAUUUGAUAUUAAUAAAUUCAUGUGGAGACUUGACAAAUGGAUCCUGCCAUGUCGAAUUUGAAAUGUAGUAAAAUAAGCUGCCCAUUUCUAGAUUAGGUACAGUCUGUUUCUUAAAAAACAUUGAAAACCCAUAGCAGAUACUCAUGAACCUAGAAAAUCUGGGUAUUAAUUUUCUUUUCUCACACAAUCCAACACAUCUGAAACCCUCGUUCUGUCAAAUAUCUAGUUUACUGGCUAUUCAGCGAGGUUACAAGUCCCAUUGUAUAGUUAUGCAUGACCUGAACCAUUAUAUUUUUUUUUACCUUUAGUUUCUUGUAAAAUCUAGUUGAAACCCAAAACAUACCUCUGACGAUACCUCAUUGUAUGAAUGUACUUGUGUCCCCAGGUGGGCCUGCUGGCUGUAUACGUUUUUUUGUGAAGGCAUUUUGAUUUUCCUUACCUAUACUCGUAAUCACAAAGAAAAAGUACUGUUUCGAGCUGAACUGAAGCAUUGUUAUGAAAAUCUUAUAAUAUCUGUUCAAAUAGCUAAUUGGCCUAUGGUCUUGUAGGUACUCUGUUUCUUCUUUAUAAUUUACAAUAUUUCCAAACGCUUUUUUUCUUUCUUAAACUCCGUAAUGGUUGUCAAUUUAUUCUAUCCAUGUCCGCUAAUAAUAAUAUAUAUUAGGGGAAAGGUAUCCGUACUGUACUCCCAGACAAAGGAAAAAUUGCUCCCUUCGAUGAACUCGUAGUAGAGUUUGUAACAUUAACUUCGCUUCCUUCUGAGGAAUCCGAGGUAGUACUUAAUGUUGACAUUGAAACAAGGCUCCACCUUAUAGCUUCUCAUUUUUCCUCACGCUUAAGAACGUGCUCCACACCUUAUAUCUCUUUCUAUAUAUUUGUCAGCCGUCGUUUUUUUGGGGAGAAAAGCCCUUCUUUGUCGAGAUCAUCAUGAUUGCCAACUUUCAGAUGGGUCUGUUAGUCUUUUUUCACAAAGCAUCCCAUUUUUUUUCUAUGAUUGCAAUAUCUUGUAUUUGCUUAAAGAGAUUUGAAGAAUCCAUGUGCUAUUCUGAGAAUUACUUCAUUUCUUUGGCUUCUCUGACGGUUCGGCCUUCAGUGCUGUCCCAGGAAAUUUUUCCUUCCAGGUUUCAUCAACCAUUUCUAGAAAGCACUCUUAGAUUCACUUAUUUAUAAAUUGAAAUGUGUUCUUCCCCAGAUAUUUCUUGUAGAUUGUGUUGUAUAUAGGGUUGUGGUUUGAUGUUGGUCAUAUCAAGCAAAUGGUUCUCUACCAUUGGGAAAAAGGUAUUCUCAAGAUGUUGACUUAGAAUCGUUUGAAAUGGAUUAGAAACACAGAUUUCCUGAUUGGACAAAGUCGAUGGAGGGUCAGAGAUGCACACAUUUGCCAAAUCUGUCUCUGAAAUGAGUUUCAUGAGUUCAUCAAAGCAGAAAUCUCUUAUACUUUUCAUUCAGAGCACCAAGGUCGUCAAGUGUCUACAUUGUAUAGUUCAUUAACGGAGGCAUGCUAACAUUUGUGUGAGAAUUCCGUCUCCUGCGCCAUAUAUUUAUUUGAACGUAUCAUAAUGUCCCCAUCCCUCAUCACAUCUUCCCAGCUGCUUGCAUUCAAUGCCACAUAAACACCAGAGGUUCAUCUCACACCUCACUGCCUUCCUGAAAAACCGCUUCGCCCAGCUGCAUAGACUCUUCGCAUUUUGAGAGUGACGCUGAUCCUUGAAUUCUGAUGUUUAACCUCUUGCUUUAACAUGUACCACUUUUUUCUCUAUAUGUUGCUUGAUGCGCUGAACUGUUUGUAAUCUUCUGCGCAUAAAAGAUAGCAACAUUCUUUCUCCGGCCAAUCUUAUCCCCAUCCAUCUUUAUUCUUAUUGUAGUCAAACAGCCUUCCUAUUACUUUGUGAGCAUCCAUCUCAACGCUGGUGGAAGCAUUUCGCGAUUAGAUGCAGAAGAUAGUCUGAGAAGUAGGAGAAUGUUGAAGGCCGUUGGGUUGCAAUGGACAUUUUGGAUUUGUUCAUCUCGUGAGUGAAAGAAUAGUACUCCCUUGAAAGUGUGAUUUGGAGAGGAGAGAAAGAUGUUCAUAGAGGACAGGAAGAAGUGGGCUAAUCUGUAUACCGUAAUGAUAGAGGAUGAUGAAUGCCCCAUCCUAGAAUCCUGCCUAAGUUUCUCAUUUCUACCAUGCAUACUGGAUUCAAAUAUCCUCAUUAGAAUCGUUUCGGAUUUUCCAUGCAAGUAUUCUUCUUAGCGAGAAUGACACAAGGUAACUAUAGUUUUUUAGCUUCUUGCAGUGCCUGGAUAGGAUAAAAUGCAGGCUGUUGGAAGGUACAAAUGCUCAGGAUGUGAGAGCCCUGGUUCUGGAUAUGCAAGCAAGAUUAUUGUUAGAUAUGUUAGGUAAAGGAAUUGAGUCAGCCCUAGUAAAUCCCGCGACUCUAUUGGCUGAGCCUUGGCAGGCUUCUGGCGAGACCUUAUCUGGCAUAGAUGCUGACAAGAUGGUGGUGGAACAAGCUCUUGUACAAAGCAUACAGGUUUGGCGAUUGUCCUUCUGUGAUCUUCCCUUACGAUUUGAGUAAAGCAUUUUGACCAGUAUCCUUGAUGUGUAGGCAUAUGUUGAUGCUGUCCUUGAUUUGGCAUCGCAUUUCAUCACACGCUUGCGACGUUAUGCAAGCUUUUGCCGCACUUUGGCAAGUCAUGCUGUCACCUCUGCUAGUGCAGGCACUGCCCGAAAUAUGGCUGCAAAUGCUGCACACAGUUCUGCAUCUCCAUCAUCAAGUCAAGGUCAGUGGAACACUUUUUCUUUUUCUUUUUCUUUUUUACUAAAUGACAUUCCAUUUGUUCAGAAUAGGCAGAGACUCUGCCGUGAUACUAUGAUCUUACUCCUAAAGCGAUAUAGUGUACUCUCUCUUUCUCUUGUUCUCAUUCAUUGCAGACAAUCGAGAAGUCAUGGUACUCCUGUGAAGGAUUUGUACGUAGUACUUUGGAGGGGGAUAGAAACUGCAAUUUUCUUUUAUUUGUCUAGCAUCUUUUACCCUGUCAUGUACAUAGUGUAUCCAAAGCCAUAGCCCUUUUGGACCAGUUCAUUCUAUUCAUGAAUUUUUUGAGAUGGAUAUCUAGAAUAUUAUUACUUAUUCCAUUGUUUCCCUGCAUGUUAAUUUUUUCGAUCUGUCAGUCUUUUGUCAAUUUUUGCUUAUUUAUUUAAUCACUUUUUAUCUCAGUUUAAUUAAGUUAAUCAUUUAUAGUAAAUUUCUAAUUCAUGUUCCAGGAAGCCAAGGUGGAACGACGACCACCACUGGGAGCUCCCAAAUGCAGGCAUGGGUGCAGGGAGCCAUAGCUAAAAUCAGCAGUACAGCCGAUGGGGUUUCAUCUACAGCACCAAGCCCUGUGAGCGGGCCAUCUUCCUUCAUACCAAUAAGUAUUAAUACGGGGACCUUUCCCGGGACACCUGCUGUCAGACUCAUUGGAGACUGCCAUUUUCUCCAUAGACUAUGCCAACUUCUUCUCUUCUGUUUGAUCUUCCGCCGGAGGCAGUUACCUCGUUUCAUGGGUACUGCUCAGAAGAACCCUGAUUCCUCCUUGCAAAAAGCCCAAGCCAUUGCUGGUGCCAAGGCGGAAGAAGGUGGCCCUGCAGCACGACCUGCUGUGGGCGAAGUACAGUCUGGAAGGCCUGGGCAGGUUGCUCUUGGGGCAAAGGGCCAGGAUGAAGCCACGGCUGCGCGGUCUUCAAGAUCAGGUUCCGGAAACGCCGGUCAAGGAUACACAUCAGAGGAGGUAAUCACUGCUCAUUCUGGCUCUUAUUUUUUCAAUUAUAGAGCUAUCCUACUUCGUUGUCCAGGGGUUCUUUCCGGGGAUAGUUUUCCGGGGUUCUUUCUUCCAUCCAUUUCGUUGUCCAGGAUCCUCUUCAGCAGAUGAUCCGUCUUCAUGAAAUUGGUUGAGCUGAAUGAUUGAUAGUACAUGGAAGAACAAGCGCAAGCCAAACAUGGAAGAACAAGCCCAGAGGGGGGGAUUCGAUCAUUCUGGGGCUCUUUCUUCCAUCUAUUUCGUUGCCCAGGAUCCUCUUCAGCAGAUGAUCAUUAUCGCUAGAAUUAACUCGAGAAGAUAAAAUGAUCACUGGGAAUCAUCAUUUGAUCAAAGGAAUGUGAAGCAUAAUAUACAUAAAUUGAAUAGUUUCUUUGUGCAGCUAAUGUGUGAAUGAAUCUCCAGGGGUGCCCACAUAUGAACUGCCUUGUCUCUUGCCAGUCGAUUAUAUCUGUAAAAGAAAUUUGGCGGCGCUGUUGCAGGCGGCUCAUACAAGACGAUAACCAAUUGACUUUCUUUCUCUUUUUUAGCACAAUGGGUCUCAUUUCCUUCUCUCUUUUUAACCUUUUAUCGACCCCCUUCCUCUCAUCUUUUCAGAUUUCAUGUGAUUCCGAAGCUCUUCAUGUGUUUGAGACGCUUUGCAUGGUCUUUAGAUCAUCUCCAUGUUGGAUAUAAAGCAUUAUUCCCUGUUGCUUGCAGGUGAAGGUUCUUUUUCUUAUACUCGUUGAUCUCUGUCGGCGGACAGCUGCCCUAGCCCACCCAUUGCCAGUCUCUCAGGUGGGGUCCAACAACAUAAUCAUUCGUUUGCAUUACAUCGACGGCAACUACACCGUGCUGCCCGAGGUUGUGGAAGCAUCCCUCGGCCCACAUAUCCAGGUAUCUAACCCGCUGACUCGUCGACCAAACUCUGUAAUAAUCACAAUAAUUACGCUGGCUGGAGGAAGAAAUAGCUGGGCAUAAAAGAAAUCAUUUUUUCUCUUCGAAUUAUCCAUUUUGAUGCCAAAUGGUAUCCCGAACAGUACUCUUCCUCGGGGAAUUUCAGAAAAGAUCUGAUUUUUGUUCUUGUCUCGUUCUCAUCUCUGGGAAUUGCCGUAAAAAUCCACAUGCUAUAGGUCUGAACAUGUAUAUGGUACUAACCUUGUUUCCGUGAUCAGAAUAUGCCCCGCCCUAGAGGCGCAGAUGCGGCUGGGCUGCUGCUGCGCGAGCUGGAACUCCAUCCUCCUGCGGAAGAAUGGCACCGCCGGAACAUGUUCGGCGGCCCUUGGUCCGACCCGGAGGAUCUAUGCCCCCUGGACGGUGGCGCAUCCGGCCAGAGCGCCGCCGCCGAUCCCCACGGCCUCAACUCCUCGAUCACCUUCGAGGGCUACAAUGGCGGGCAGGGCAUCUGGCCGAGGAAGCGCAGGCUGUCCGAGAGAGACGCGGCGUUCGGCCUGAAGACCUCGGUGGGUCUCGGGUCCUACCUCGGCAUCAUGGGAUCCCGCAGGGACGUCGUCACCGCCGUCUGGAAGACGGGCCUGGACGGGGUCUGGUACAAGGUACGCCAUCCGCUUCUCUCUCAUCCAGAGCUUGCCCUAAUGGCGGACGCUGAGUUGCUUCUCUCUGUUUCUUCUUCUUGCUUCCUCCGGCGCAGUGCGUCAGGUGCCUGCGGCAGACGGCGGCGUUUGCACCGCCCGGGAGCUCGAGCGGCGCCGCCAACGAGCGCGAGGCGUGGUGGAUCAGCCGGUGGGCCUACGGGUGCCCCAUGUGCGGCGGAAGCUGGGUCCGCGUUGUCUAG